UGGUGUGAAGUGUGAAGUUGUGAACACGGAUGACGAAUAUCCGCCGUCCUUUUCAGAUAUCUCCGUGGUGUGCUGUCGGACGGGCAGAGCAGCUUUCUGCCACCGUUUCCAUCCAGUCUUCCUUCCAUUUGGUUUAGGGAGAAGCAGAAAGACAGCAAGAAAGAGAGAGGGAAGAAGGGAUGGGAAGAAUUUUCACGGUGGAAUUGGAAGGCAGGACGUACAGCUGCCGCGUCUGCAACACCCACUUAGCCCUCGCCCAAGAUCUCAUCUCCAGGUCGUUUCGUAGCUGUCGCGGGAAGGCGUAUCUGUUCAAUAGCGUCACAAAUAUCACUGUUGGUGACCUUGAAGAGAGAAUGAUGCUCUCGGGAACGGAUACUGUUGCUGAUAUCUUCUGCUGCUUUUGUGGCCAAAAUGUGGGAUGGAAAUACGAGGCGGUGCAGGAGAAAUAUCAGAAGUACAAAGAAGGCAAAUUCGUUCUCCAGAGGGAUCGAAUAGUUGAUGGAAUUGAUUCAGGCUUUGAGAUUGACACUUGCUCUGGAGGAAGCAGUCGAUAUUUAGCGCUUCCUUCGGCUAUCAACAAUGCAUAGCUUGUCAACAAAUUUCCAAGUAUUGUACAUGCUUCUAAAAUGUGCAGCGACUUGAAUUCUAAACUCUUGACUAACCAUAUUUUCUCUUUUUUCUCCCCUCCAGUUUUGUAGUAUAUUAUGCAAUGAGAAAGUUUGUACAGGUGAUGCUAUAUUGAGUUUCUGUAUCCAACUAACUAUUAUGUAAAUUGUCAAAUCUACAAUGCUUAUCAUGAUCUUAAACAUUUACACCACAGUUUAGAGGCUUU